AUGCCAAGAAGCGGUUACAGCAAAAUAUCUAGUGAUGAUGAUGAAGAAGUCAGUUUUACAUCCGCUCUUUUCUUUCGUUGGAUGAACGGCGUCCUCAAGACAGGCAGUCAAAGACCUUUAGAUCAGGAUGACUUUUUACCGUUACAAGAAGAGAACUCGGCCUGUUUUGUCACCGAGAAGUUUCGAGAAAGCUGGGAAAACAAGAAAGUUCACUGCAAGAAAAAUGGGAAAAAACCCAAGUUGUGGAAAAGCGUGUUUCAGAUGCUCUCUGUUGAAGAUGUCAUCAUUAUUUUGUUGGGAAAUAGUUUGUUUACAGCAUCUCGCCUUCUCUUUCCAUUGCCUCUCGGAUAUCUUGUUGCCAAACUAAUGUCAACUGAGACAGGCCAUUCUAUUUCCCCCUACGCAUGCGCUUUGGCUUUGUGUUUCAAUGCUUUGAUCGGCAGUCUUGGAAUGCAUCAUCAAGACUAUAAAGGAGAAGUGUUGGGGAUUCGAAUAAGCAGCGCCUUGAGAGGUCUGGUGUACCACAAGGUAAGUAAAAUUCUGCUUAAUGGUACUAAGGCAUUUUUCUGUUAUUCCUAAAAUUCUUCAGCCCGGGUUAGACACUCAAAAAAGAAAAAAGUUGCCCAUCCGAUCCGGAAUUGCUAUUUCCAGAACUUAAAAUCUUGUUAUCAGUUGCUGCCUCUGGGAGCCAGGGAACGAUAUCACUGAAUUAAGCGAUGAGGCAAAUUUGUUUUUGUGCAAAAAGCUGAAAAUUGUGGGGCAAAAUAGUGCGUGGUCGCCACAAUCACAACAACGCGAUUUCUCCAGUCAGCAGUGUGGUUAACGAUGUCAGUUAUUUGUUGUAUAAGUAUAGGUGAACAAUCUCACUAGAAAUCAUAACAAAUAUAUCUUCAUCUGUCAGAAAAAUUAUUUCUACUGGGGCGACGGACUUAGUCGAAAAUCAGGGACUGCUCGUAGUCUCAUAAAUUUGAGAGAAUACUUACUCUGUCUUACUCCAAACAAACGAACAAACGAACCGGCAAAUGAACAGUGUGAGUCAAUUUGAUGUCCUUAAUCAUCUGCAGACGCUUCUUCUCAGCAAGCAGACGUUACUGAAAUUCACAGCUGGACGCGUAAUUGACCUGAUAUCCAAUGACGUGAAGCGAAUGGAGGAAGAGACCAUCAAGUUUUUUUUCUUGACCAUUUUCGCAUUCUUUAGCACUGCGGGAUCAAUGUUCCUUAUCACAUAUUUGAUUAGCUGGCAGGCUGUUGUGGGAGUUAUCUUCAUGUGUUUCUUACUGCCGUACUUUGCGGUCAUGUCCUACUUCAGUGCUAAGCUGCGCCUACGCACGGCAGCCGUUUCCGAUCAGCGCAUUUCUUUGAUGAACCAAGUUGUGUCCGGGAUCCGCGCGAUCAAAACGCAUGCGUGGGAAGAUGAAUACCGAGAAAAAAUAAAGCAUACUCGAAGGUAAGGCCAGACGUUAUGUCAACUCAGGAAGUCAGAGGCUAAAAAUCUCCAGUCUCGAUGAGGUGAUGGCUUUUACGGCAAACGAUUAAAAUUUGGGCCAUUAGACUAACGGUUUACCCAAAUUGGUGUUGGAGAUGGGAAUGAUUUUUACGGUUAAUUUUUUUACAACUAACGGUUAAAAUUUGUCAAUUUUUACGCCUGAUGGUUAAAUGAUUUGGCUGUUUCACGGCUAACGGCUAACCUCAAUGAGAUCCUCAACUUAGCAAUCAUAGUUAUGGAAAGUAAAUUUAUUUUUGAUUGAGGUAUUCUGAAAGUGGUUCUGUAGGUAUUUCACAAUUAUUCCACGAGCAUACGUUUGAUGCGAGAUUAUACCAUCGCAAGCAGAUUAAUUGUAGUAUUACAACAUUUCCAUCCAUUUUGAAAUCAUUGGUGCUCCUCGCUAUCUGAUUGGCGUUCAUUGGUGCCAGUUAUUAACGAAUCGCUCCAUUUAUUGCUCUAAAUCGCAUCUUUUUCCCAGCUAAUGAGAACGUCUACUAAAAAAAAGAGUAUCCAAUCAGACUGCAAGAAACUGAAAGACAACUUCUGCAACUUUUUACAAACCAGGUCGGCACUAGAUCAAUAAAAUAUUUGUACAGACUAAAAAAUCCUGUAUUUGAGCGACUGAAUUUUGCGAUUUCAAAAUGGAUAUAAAAACGCACGUGGUAAUUGAACUUCGUGUCGUGCACUUUUGUCUGAAAUCGUACUUUUCAUUUCAAACCAUGCUGUGUAUGAUAUCAGGCGAAUGUUCACUCUGUUCAUUUACCAUGAUUAUUGAUAGAAUUGUCCAAGGUUAGAUAUUCCUGUCGAUACUUGUAGAAUUUCGAUCUAACUUUAAACUAAUCAAUCUUGCUGCUAUCGACGGAAGGGUGGACUGCUGAAACGAAUGACUCCCCAUGGGGCUUUAUUGAAAAGUUCCUCAGUGUCUGAUUUGAAAAAUACGUCAAUAAAUAAUUUAUGUAACAAAUUUUAUUAUUAAACUUUGCAUAAAUAUUUUUCUAUCGUUUGCGGCGAGAUUGACCUAGAUUUGAAAAUUUAUUGGCAACAAAUUUUGUGAGCCCUUCUGAUUUGUGAUUUUUACGCAUUUUUAGGUAUGACAUUCCACUGAGCAUUCGCAUAUAACAUGGGAUGAAAUCUUAUUUUCAGGCAUGAAAUCAGUGUCAUUUCGAAGAAGACAGCUAUUAAGUCAACCAUUGAUGCUUUGAUUUACUCUGUGGUUCCAUUGGCUACUCUUGUUUCAGUAAUUGUCAUGGUGUUAACGGGACAACUCCUCAAACCUCCUGAUGUUUUUAUGCUCCUUUGCUUUAUGCGAAUACUUAAAAAUAGCUGCUUCUAUGACUUGCCCGUUGGCUUUAUGGGAACAUAUGCAUUCGUUUCGCUUGGAAGAAUCGAAGAAUUUCUUCUUUUGGAUGAUUUGUCUGAGACCUCAUUUGGUGAUGAAUGUAAAAAAGACAGACUUCAAACAGAAAGUGGCUUAACUAAACCAAAUAUCUGUUGCUCAGAUAGCCAAGCUGAAAAUAUGAGCCGAGACAAUUCCUACUUUGCGUAUCAAGAAAAAGACCCAAUACCUACCACUCUAUGUGUUUCGAAUUUGACGUGCAAGCAACACCUUCGUGAAGACGAGUUCAUUCUCCAAGAUAUCGACAUAGUCGUACCUCCACAGAGUUUAACAGUUAUCACCGGACCAGUAGGAAGUGGAAAAUCUACUCUGCUCUCGGCGAAUGCCGGUGAAAUACCUUACGCGAGUGGAACAAUUAAAUACCAAGGUUCUGUCAUUUAUUUGCCUCAGUCUGCUUGGGUGUUCUCGGGAACGAUAAGAGAAAACAUUUUGUUCGGUCAGCCUUACGAAGAAUCCAAGUACGAAAGAAUAAUCGAGGCUUGUGCUCUGAAGGAAGACAUUCAGCGGUUUCCUGAUGGCGACCUAACAAUUGUGGGAGAACGUGGUGAAGUUCUGAGCGGAGGGCAACAAGCGAGAAUUAGUUUAGCGCGCGCAGUUUAUGCUGACGGAGAUCUCUAUCUAUUGGAUGAUCCACUGAGUGCUGUCGAUUUUAAAGUUGGUAAACAUAUCUUUGAAAAGUGCAUGAAAGAUCUACUGGGUAACAAAGUUCUUCUUUUAUCCUCUCACCAUCAACAGCACAUGGAAAAUGCCGGCCAAGUGAUUGUGUUGAACAGGGGCCGUGUGCUGGAGAAGGGACGAUUCAUUGAGCUACAAGAACAAGGCAUAAUUAGCUCAAUUGUUGACCCGCAUUUUAAAGCAUCUACGAAGAACAACACUGAGCCAUAUGAGACGGUUGGGUUGGAGACUAAGGAGAAACACGAUGACAUUGACAAAUGUCAGGAAAUACUUCCCCUGCCCAAUGCGGGCAAGAGUUUGGAGAUAGCACCGGAGGAUCGCACAAUCGGAGUGGUAACGUCCAAGCUUUAUUGGGACUACUUCACAAGAGGAGUGCAUCCCUUAAUGACUAUUGGAAUGGGCGUUUUAUUUCUCAUCUCUGAAGGUAAACUAACACCUAGACUGAGCAUUUACUCAGAGUUAGAUCCAAAACAUUAAAUGUUAAAACAACUUUUUUUCAUUCCCUUUUUCUUCUUUAUUGAAUGUUGUAAUACAAUUUACCUUGCAGUACUCUCAGUUCCUAGGUAAAGCUUUACUUACGAGAAAAAGAAAUUUGCUAACUCAACCGCGCAUCUUUGUUUGUUUGUUUGUUUUUUUUUUCAGCUGCCAUAGUUGCUCCGGACUUUUGGCUCUGGUUUUUAACAGAACAAAACCAAGAGGAUCAGAAAAACAAGACUUAUCUUUCUAUUUACGCCUGUCUUGUGAGCGUGUGUCUUAUAUUUACCGUUGUUCGAGCUUAUUGUUUCCUCCUGAUUUGUCUGAGGUGCGCCGAACGUCUGCACGAUAAAAUGCUUUUAGCUAUUUUACAAGCACCUGUUCUGUUCUUUGAUUCAAAUCCCGUGGGAAGAAUCCUAAAUCGCUUUGCUAGUGAUAUCGGCUGCGUGGAUGAGCUGCUACCCAAAACAUUCUUGGAAGCAGUGCAGAAUCUCUUGUCGAUAUCCAUCUUAAUUCUGAUAUCGAUUACCACAAAUCCUUGGCUUUUCUUUCUUGCCUUUCCACUGACGAUGAUGGUAGUGUAUAUUUCCAAGUAUUACUUGAAGACUGCCAGAGAGCUGAAAAGGUUAGAGUCGAUAUCCCGAAGCCCAGUGUUCUCUCAUUUUUCGGAGACUCUGGUAGGACUGGACACGAUUCGCACCAGAGGAAGGCAGGCAGAUUUUGUGGAGACAUUUUACAGGUAGAUCAGUGACACUAACACUUAUCGCGUGGUGGGGGGAGGGGGAGGAAUUUUUUGGGGGAUCGUAUGGUUUUCAGGGAGGGCAGAGGAGUUAUUUUAAGCGUGAUUUUGAUAAGUGUAUGCUGUCUUACAAAAAUUAAAAAAAAACCACAAAUACAAAUCAAACAACCAAACUAGCAAACACCACACACUUACUCAUACACACAUACAAACAAAACACCAAACAAUUCAUCGACGUAAUUUCAUUACUCAACUGUCGACAAAGUACACUUCUAAAACUGCAAAUUUAACAUAACGUUCAGAAAAAAUUCUUAUGACUGGAGUAUAAAUAGUUUGGGGAUUCAUUAUGCACGAGGAAAUAUGUCAAAUGGAACAAAUAUUCCAAUUUACACAAGACUACACAAUUUACGCGGAUUUGUGGCCCGAACCUUUAUCUGGAUCAGAGAGGUGGACCCAGGUAAACUAUAUGAUUAUCGAAAUGACCUGGGGUAAGUGGGGUGAAUUACACAAUGCGGGAAGUUCUAAGUAACAAUUUUUCCUUUUCAAUGUUUCCUUGGUAUGUUUAUAGUCCAAAGACCGAUCUUAAGUUUAUACGUAAAUUGACGUCCGUAAAGAGUUCAAAAGCUGACGUUACGAACGUUAGCCCUUCGUCAGAGCGAAAGGCUAACGCCUGAGGAAGGGCUAAUGCUCGAAACGUCAGCUUUAAAACUCUUUACGAUGGCCAAUUUACGUUAUCAACUCAGUUGAUAAUGCUUAAUUACCCUGUUAUACUCCCCCACUAACGUAGCACUACAGUUUAUUUAGAAACUUGCCCCCUUAAGUUUAUGCGCCCUGGUUCGGCUUCAGAGUACAGCCACCAGAUAAAAUUGUUAUCAUUAUUAAGCUAACUUUCUUCCUUGUGAACGUUUAAUCCCGGUAGAUGUCAAGAUGUUCAUAAUCAGUCGUACAUUUUGGUGAUGGCCAGUGGUAGAUGGUUAGGAGUCCGUUUGGAUUGUCUCGCUUCCCUGUUAGUUGGUGCAGUUGCUCUGGCCGCAGUACUGGUCUCUCAAAAUGCCGGUGAGCUCUACAAUGACCCUGUUGUUACUUUUUCUAUCUGAGAAUAUGUAUGGUCACGAGUUUGGUUACAGCAUAGUGUUAGUGAGACAGUGGCAUUGGGCGAAAAAACCUGUUGUUUAAUGGAGCAUUUCGUGCAGUGCACAUUACUCGACGUAUGUCACAGUAAAUAGUUAGUUUUCCUCCGGCGCCGACUAUAGAAAAAAAGGAAGAAAGAAAAAAGAAAAAAAGUAACUAAAAAACAAAGCAAGACAAACUCUGCAUACCCUAACAUAAGUAUGCAUAUUCUCUAUACUGUUCUCUGUACAUUUCCUUAGGAACUGGCCAGGAGAAUUUGUUUCACAGUCAAGAGCCUCUUCAGUUGGUGAUCAUUUCCUUGAUUCAGGGAUGAUAUUGUAAGGAGAAAUCAGAUAUUGGUCACUCUCUUAAUAGUCCUUUAAAAAGAAACUGAGAAGGCAGUCAGAAGGCAGCGGCAGUAAGGCUGAGCAUCUUAAAACUUACAACAACAGCAGAAAUAACAAUAAUAGGAACUUAAUAGUGAAAUCAAUUUUACUUAAUUGGUCAUUUACUUGGUUCAGAAUUUUUAAAAUGACACUCCAAAUAUCUUUUCAGCUUUCGCUGGCCUUUCACUUGUUUACGUCAUCCAAACUAUGGUAAUCACUCAAUAUGCUGUUAGAAAAGCCGCUGAAGUGGAGAAUUACAUGACGUCAGUUGAAAGAGUUCUGACGUAUACUAAACUUAACUGUGAGCCUGGGUACAAAGUAGAAAGACACCCCCCUAAAGAUUGGCCAAGUGAAGGACGUAUUGCAUUCAGAAAUGUAUCAUUGACGUAUUAUCCGGAAGGACCUCAAGUGCUGAAGGAAAUAAAUCUUAAUAUCAAAGGAGGAGCAAAGAUCGGAGUUGCUGGCCGUACGGGAGCUGGGAAAUCAUCGUUAGUGGCAGCUCUUAUGCGCAUUCCUGAUGCUGACGGAGAGAUAAUUAUUGACGAGAUUUCAAUAAAAGAUAUAAACCUCCGACAAUCCCGACGGAGUAUUUCGGUCCUUGGUCAAACUCCUGUGCUUUUUAGUGGAACACUGAGAAAAAAUCUAGACAUUUUAGAGGAGUUUGAAGAUCCUGACUUAUGGCAGGCCUUAGAAGACGUGCAGCUAAAAGAUUUUGUAGAGAAUCUUGAGGCGAAGCUUAAUCACGAAUUGCUUGAACACGGUGCUAAUGUCAGUGUAGGAGAGCGGCAGUUGAUUUGCUUGGCUCGUGUGCUGCUGCAGCGAAGUAAGAUUAUUAUAUUGGACGAGCCAACUGCGCAUGUCGACCCCGCCACAGAGCAGACGAUUUGGGACAUUGUACGGGAAAAGCUGAAGGACGCAACUGUUAUCACUAUAGCUCACCGUUUGAACACUUAA